AUAAAAGUAAAUAAUUUUCAAAUAUGUCAAUGUACAUUGAAUUAUAAAAUAAUAGUAUAGAAAACUUAGAAAAAAAAACAUGUCUCAAAGUAACGGUGAUAAUAUAAAACCAAACAUGGAAAAUGAGAAUACCGAAAACAGUUCGAAAAGCGAGGAACCAACGAUAGAUCCUUCCGAGAAAUGGCUUAUAAGGGACUGUGAUAUAUAUGAAGAUGAGUAUGACGAGUGUACAAGCUUCAGGGCAAGGUUUCACCAAUAUUUCAUAUAUGGCAAAACACUUGAUUGCAAUCAAUGGAAGAAAGAUUAUACAAAUUGUUGCAAAUGGGUCAACGAUAAAGAUGUCAAGGCAGCUGAGGCGUUAAUUAAUAGUGAAAAGGAACGUCGAAUGGCAAGAUUAAGAGCACACUAUCAAAAUGACAUUUGGAAGAAGAGAGAAUCACCGCCGGAUGAUUGGGCGAAGCCUCUGCCAGAAUGGAUGAUAAAAAGAGAUGAAAACACCUAUUUAGCACAAAAAGCACGUGAAAUAAGAGAGGGAAAAGAUGUUGAAGCUAAAAGUUUUUGUGUGAUUAUGUAGAGUUAUUUUUAUUAGUAUUAUAUACAGUUAAGCACACCUCAGACCUCAGCAAGCAAAUAACAUUACUGUUUGAACUGUUGUUAUCUGUGUAAAUAAUAAAAUACAUUGACACUCUUACUGCCAGUUGUGUACAAAGUUUAUUAGUAAAAUAAAUAUUUGAUAGUAUGAUAAAA